CCACCGGAAAUCAACCAUCUCUCUUCGUACGUGGCGUUCUCUCAUUCGUCAAUUCCAUCUCGUCGGGAUUCAGAUCACCACCAAAGCAAAAGAAAAAAACGAGAACACACACAUACACACACACGUACUGUGUGUCACUCUCACCUCUCUCGCUCAUGUGUUUUCUCACUCCCUGAAAAACCCCAAUUUUGUCAUUAUUUUCUUGCUUACACCCUCCAGAUGUCAUCAAUUUCCAAUUCCUCACUGCUUGAUCUUUCCGUUACAUAUAAUUUUGAUUGGUAAUCGUUCUGAUUUUACUGUUGCUUUGGAUUUUUUUUGUAUCUUCUGGAUAAUGCUGUAAGAAAAAAAAAGCAGCAAUGGAGGAGAGUUAUGUGAAUAAUGGUGGUGCUUGUGGGUUUUCUACUUCUGCUCAAUUCCAGAGCUGUGGCGGUGGUGGUGGUGGCGGAGAUAGCAGUGAGGAAGAGUUGUCCGUACUGCCCCGCCAUACUAAAGUGGUGGUCACCGGAAACAACCGUACGAAGUCUGUUCUUGUUGGGCUACAAGGUGUUGUGAAGAAGGCUGUUGGUCUCGGAGGCUGGCAUUGGCUGGUCCUCACAAAUGGAAUAGAGGUGAAACUGCAAAGAAACGCUCUAAGUGUGCUUGAAGCUCCAACUGGUAACGAAGAAGACGAUGAUCUUGAAUUCGAAAAUGGACAUUGGAACAGCUCUGAUCUGGCAUCUGAUGACACCCAAAAGUCGCAUCGAUCAAGAAACCGUCCUCAUAAAUCAUCCGGGUCGUCACAUAAGACCGUUAGCCGGUCUCUAUCUUGUGACUCACACUCCAAAACCUCCUUUACAACUUCCCGUGGGUCCGUGGUUGAUCUUAGCAAACUAGAGAUGGCUGCCUUGCGGAGAUAUUGGCGACACUUUAAGCUUGCGGGUGCGAUCCCGAAUCCGUCGAAGGAGCAACUUGUUGACAUUGUUCAAAGGCAUUUCAUGUCACAGACACUGGAUGAGUUGCAGGUGAUUGUAGGGUUUGCACAGGCAGCAAAGAAGCUGAAGACGGUAUGCAAAUGAUUUAGGUUGCAUUAUCUCUCUAAGUGCAGUAACAAAAAGGGAGAGAUAUUGUUCGACUAACAGAUACUUUUGUGUUGUGGGAGUUAAUGAGAGUUGUAAAAUGGGUUUUAUGGUGUUGCUUUCAUGUUAUGUGUAGAUAUAUGUAGAGUCAGUCUCAAGUCUCAACUCAAAACAAAAGACCUUUGCAUUUUUGGCUUUUCAAUGCAAGGCAAUGCCGUUUGUUUUUGAGCCA